GUAGUACGUUUAAUAUUACUCGCGCGGCCUAGUAUUUUUAUUUAUUACCCUCUAAAAUGGUUUAUAUUAAAUGAAGUGGGUCGCAACAACUGAUCCAAAAUGGGUUUAGACUUCGACGUUCUAGAGUUUUGCAAAAAACUCCGUCAAAACCGGCCUCCACCUUACCAAUGUCCUUUGGAAAAGUGUGACAAAGUAUACAAGAGUUUGUGUGGGCUGCAGUAUCACCUGGUGAAUUACGAUCAUGACAACCCGACGCCCGCUACCCCGGCCUCCGUUAGCCACCGUAAGAAGGGCAGAUCGACGCGGGCGCCAGUACCGACCGGCGAUAUAGCCCUGCAAAGUCCACCGAAAGAAGCCCUAACUUUUGCUGAAGCUCAGAAAGUGGUCCAGUUCGAGAUAGAUGGCAAAAUUAGCAGGAUUCCUAUAGAUCAGCCCCUGCCGAUAAUGUCGCUUGAGGAUUGGGAAAAGAAGAAUGCAGAGCUUGAAAAACCAGUGCCGUUUGUUGAGCCACCGCCUGAACCGCAUGUGAAACUGCCUGAAGCCAGCUUCAAGCUCAUUGAGGAUUACAAUGAAAGAGUGUGCGAUGCCCCUCCCCGCCCAAAUGCCUACAUCCGCUUCAUAGAGAAGUCUGCGGAGGAAUUAGACGGUGAAGUGGAGUAUGAUGUGGACGAGGAAGAUACAGCGUGGCUUGAAAUUAUCAACAAGACGAGGGUCAAGCAAGGUCUGCCGCCUGUUUCAGUUGAUACCUUGGAGCUGUUGAUGGAUAGAUUGGAGAAAGAAUCCUACUUCCAGGCGUCUCAAACGGGCCAACAAACAGCGGCCCAGGUAGAUGAAGACGCAGUGUGCUGCAUCUGCAUGGACGGUGAAUGCCAGAACACCAACGUCAUCCUAUUCUGUGACAUGUGUAACUUGGCUGUGCAUCAGGACUGCUAUGGGGUGCCAUAUAUACCCGAGGGCCAGUGGCUGUGCCGGCGAUGUCUGCAGUCUCCAUCUCGCCUUGUCAACUGUGUACUUUGCCCAAAUACUGGAGGAGCCUUCAAGCAGACAGACCAAGGCACGUGGGCGCACGUGGUCUGCGCUCUCUGGAUACCUGAAGUUCGUUUUGCGAACACCGUGUUUCUGGAGCCUAUAGAUUCGAUUGAGAUGAUCCCAGCAGCCCGCUGGAAACUGCAGUGCAUGGUGUGCAAGCAGCGGGCCUCUGGCGCUUGCAUCCAGUGCCACAAGAGCAACUGCUACUCUGCCUUCCAUGUCACCUGUGCACAACAGGCUGGAUUAUACAUGAAAAUGGAGGCGGCAGGCGCCGGGCGGGAUCCCAGUCAGCCGGUCCAAGUGGCCAAGAUGGCGUACUGCGACGCGCACACGCCGGCACACGUGCUGCAAGAACGUAGGGCUGCGGAGGCCGAGGGUGACGCCAAGCCGUCAGACUUGUCGGCUAUCAGGCAGAAGGGACGGGACAAGAUCAAACAGGCGCGUCGCGUCCUCGCAAUGAAGCGCACCUGGGCGCCCGUAGUCCUAGUUCCCACCCUCCCCGCCGAGCGCGUGGCCGAGGUGGCAGCACUGGCGCACGGGCCGCCCGCGUCGCGCGCGCAGCUCAUGAAGCGGCUGCUGGCGUAUUGGACGCUGAAGCGGCGUAGCAGGAACGGCGUGCCCUUGCUGAGGAGACUGCAGAGCACCACCUCACACCAUGGUACCAGAGGCAUUCCAGAUGGCACGGUCAACGUGCGAGAGCUUUGCAACCAGCUGAAGUAUUGGCAAAGGAUACGCCAAGACUUAGAGAGAGCUAGGCUCCUAUGUGAACUCGUCCGCAAACGCGAACGCCUAAAGGCCGAACACACUCGCGCGUGGGAGCGACUCGUGCUACAUCACCUCCGGCCCGAGCGGGCCGUCCUACACAAGCUACUGCGGCUGCUGCGACAGCGGGACCACAGCGACGUGUUCACCGAGCCCGUCGACCUGCUGGAGGUGCCUGACUACAGUACGGUAGUGAAGCACCCUAUGGACCUGAGCACCAUGGGAAAGAAGUUGGACCGAGGCGCGUACAAAACCGUAGACGAUGUGGAGGCCGACUUCACGCUCAUGAUAGACAACUGCCUCGCCUAUAACAACAAGGACACUGUGUUCUACAAGGCCGCAAUAAAAAUGCGAUCCCAAUGCCUCCCGGUGUUCCGGCAAGCGCGGCGCGACGUGCGCGCCGCCGGCAUGCCGCAGCUCGCCGGCGCCGGCGACGCCCACUCCAGCCCCGAGCGAGAGGCGCCGCGCGAGCGGGACAGGGCGAGGUCCACCAGGAGGAGCGUCGACUCGAGGCGGAGCCGCAGCAGGGCCAGCAGCAGCGACAGCGGGAACACUGCCGACACCCGUAGUUCGCGCGCCAGGUCGCGAGCGCGCAGCCGCGGCCGCCGCGCCUCGCCGCGCAGGAGCCUCCGCCGCGACUCGGACGAUGACAACAAUACCCGCGACAGCUCUCCGGUGGUGUCGAAGUCUAAAGUAAACGCGAACUGGUGGCGCGGGCGCGGGCGGGGGCGGGGCCGGCGCGGCCGGGGGCGGGGCCGCGGCCGCAGCGUGCCCAGGGGGCGGGGCGACCGAGGUAACCCGGCGGUGACCGACACGCCUACGUCGGGCUCCGAGACGCCAGCGCCGUCUAAACCCGUCGAGCGCACGCAAAAGCUGUCCACGCCGGAGAAAUCGCCGAACAAGUCGCCCAACAAGUCGCCCAACAAGUCGCCCGUCAAGUCCGCCAAGUCGCCCCUCAAGACGGCCAGCUCAGGUUUGGGUCUCAUCGGAGGUUUGAGGAAGCCAACGCUGCUGCUUACUCCGACAACCGUCGCUACGCCGCCUAAGAGUUUCGGAUCCGAUGCGUCACUCCCCACUUUAUCAGCCAGCCUCGGCAGGCCGCUGGAGCCGUCACCCAAGAAGAAAGGCCGUGGACGACCGCGGAAGUGCGACAAGGACAAACAGACCUCUUCACCCGACUUAUUUCGGACGGGCCUCGGCGAAGGCAAGGCGCUGUCCACCCCCGUGCCGGCCUCGUUCCUGCAGUACCGCGGCACCACCGGCGAGGCCGGCUCCGACAGCGACCUCGCGCUCUCCAGGUCGUCGUCAAACAGCUCCGUGUGGUCGUGCUCGUCGUGCACACACUACGCCUCCGACCGCUCACGCUCCGCCAGCUCCAGCGACGGGUCUAGCUACAACGACACAAUGGACUCGACAUUGGAAGGCAGCGGCGCGGACCGCCGCGACCGGCGGCGGCGCACCUCGCAGUCCGACCAGAGCCGCUCCGGCCAAGACUCGCCCACCACACCGAUUAAGGGCCGCGGCACGCGCUCGUCCACGUCGAAGACGCCCGUGAAGAGUUCGCUCCAGCCAGACGUGAUCCUCGAGCCGCUGCAACUCGUCUGGGCCAAGUGCAGAGGCUACCCCUGGUACCCAGCUUUAAUAAUCGACCCAAAAAUCCCAAAAGGCUUCAUCUACAACGGCGUUCCGCUCCCAGUACCGCCACAAGACGUGCUAAACCUCAAGAAAAACCAUUCACACGAGCCAGUCCUCUACUUAGUACUAUUCUUCGAUGUCAAACGCACAUGGCAAUGGCUGCCGCCUAACAAGCUAGAACUUCUAGGGGUAGAGAAAAGCAUAGAUCAGGCUAAGCUGGUGGAAUCUAGGAAACCGGCUGAUAGGAAGGCGGUGAAGAAAGCCUACGGGGACGCGAUGCAGUUCAGGAAGCAGGUGGAUUGUGACAAAUGACACAGGUUUAGAUACAGGUCGAGGAGACCGAAUAGGAACAGGACGUUCAGCUUCGGGAACUUCUCCAUGAUGCAUAUUAGGACGCCAGAGGAUACGAGCGAUUCCAGCGAUUAAUGUAGUUUUGAAAUUUCUAUGUCUUGAGGGUGAGUUAACU